AUGGGCUCCACUCGGGGCUGUGUGGUCGUUGAGGAUGCGGCCAUGUAUUUCUCCCAGGAGGAGUGGGAACAGCUCAGUGAAGCUCAGAGGUUUCUGUACUGCAAUGUGAUGUUGGAGAGUCUGACACUUUUUCCCUCACAAAAUUAUUGGCACAGAGUUGAGAAUGAGGAGGCUCCUUCUGAGCAGGAUGUUCCUGUAAGAGUGUCACAGGUCGUGACUCCAAAGCCAGGCUUGUCCACCCGGAAGGUACCAGGCAAGAUGUGUGAGCACAGUAGAAAGCAAACUGAAGAAAAGCCACAGCUUUGUGAGGCAGAGCUUCACCUGCACCUAGAGCACCCUGGAGAGAAUCUUCCCGGAUGCGAUGACUGGGACACUUCAUUGUUGAGGAGCCAUGAUGGAGUUCCUGUGGCAGAGAGGCCCCUCACGAGCAGGGAUGGCUGGAAGGACUUGCCGGCCACGUCAGCCCUGGCCGAGCACCAGCACCCUCCUGGAUGGAGGCCAUCCCGGGAGCCUGAGGGCAGCACAGCCUUUCAAGCUGGGAGAGUCAAUCUUAAGUGCAGCCAAUGUGGGAAAGUCUUCAGGUACAAACAUUCGCUUGUUGGCCAUCAGAAAACUCAUGCAGGAGAAGAGCCCUGUGAGUGCGGCAAGUAUGGAAGAUCUUUCAGGUGCAGUGCUAACUUCAUGAAACAUCAGAGAAUUCACAGUGGAGAAAAAAGUUAUGAAUGCAGAGAAUGUGAAAAGUCCUUUUUGUACAACUACCGACUUAAGAGGUGUAGGAGAGUGCAUACUGGGGAAAGGCCCUAUGAGUGUGACCUGUAUGGGAAACUUUUCAGGUAUAGCUCCACAUCGUUCAGCCGUCAGUGGGUUCACACUGGAGAAAGGCUCUGUGGGUGCAGCGAGUGCAGGAGAUUCAUGGACAGCUCCACUCUCAUGAAACAGCGAGUGCACACUGGCGAAAGGCCUUGCAAGUGUAGUGAGUGUGGGAAGUUUUUCAGAUACGGUUCCACACUCAGACACCAGAGAAUUCCCACUGGAGAAGGGCCUUUCGAGUGCAGCCUUUGUGAGGAAUUAUUUAGGUACAUCUCAAAGCUCCUCAAACACUGGAAAAGUGACAAUGGAGAAAGGCCUUGCAUGUGUAGUAAUUGUGGGAAAUCUUUUAGGUACCACUGCAGACUCCUUAGACAUCAGCAGGUGCACACAGGCGAAAGGCCUUCCCAGUGCAGUGCGUGUGGAAAGUUCUUUCGGUGCAACACCUGCCUGCUCAAGCGUUGGAGAAGCCACACUGGAGAAAGGCCGCACGAGUGUCACGACUGUGAGAAAGCCUUUAGGCACAAGCAUAUAGCUGAUGAACACCAGGACGUGCACACUGGAGAAGGGCCGUACGAGUGCAGUGAGUGUGGGAAGGCCUUCGUUAGAAAGUCCCACCUGGCUCAACACGAGAAAAUCCACCGUGUCCAGGAAUGGCUGAUGUGCUCUGUGAAUGUGGGCGAUGCUUUAAAUGUAAAUCCAGACCCGUUACACCUCAGAGACUUCACAGAGGAGAAAAUUUGCCAUUAACCAUUUUAAUUGAACCAUUCAGAAAUGUUACGUAAGUUCAUACUCUUAUGCAGCUAAUUUGCAGAAUCUUCAUCUUGCAAAGUAGACUAUCUUGAUUAAAACAAAUACUUUAUUUCCUCUGA